CUUUUGCUCUAAGAACUACCACAGGAACAUACCAGGAAAGCAGAAAGAAUUCACAGAUUCUUUGAAAGAAGCAUCUUGCCACUGCAAACUCCGUGAGACAGCCAAAAACCUCUGUACGAUUCUGUGACCGGUGUAAUCUGAUCAAGCCAGACCGCUGCCACCACUGCUCUGUCUGUGCUAUGUGUGUGUUAAAAAUGGAUCAUCACUGCCCUUGGGUUAAUAACUGCAUUGGAUUUUCCAACUACAAAUUCUUCCUUCAAUUCUUAGCUUACUCUGUUCUCUACUGCCUGUACAUUGCUACAACAGUCUUCAGCUAUUUCAUCAAAUACUGGAGAGGGGAAUUACCCAGUGUUCGCUCUAAGUUCCAUGUCCUUUUUCUUCUCUUUGUGGCCUGCAUGUUUUUUGUCAGCCUUGUGAUUCUCUUUGGUUACCAUUGUUGGCUUGUCAGCAGAAACAAAACCACCUUAGAGGCCUUCUGCACUCCAGUGUUUACAAGUGGCCCAGAGAAAAAUGGGUUCAACCUUGGCUUCAUCAAGAAUAUCCAGCAGGUGUUUGGAGAUAAGAAGAAGUUCUGGUUAAUACCUAUUGGUUCCAGCCCUGGUGAUGGACACUCCUUCCCUAUGAGGUCUAUGAAUGAGUCACAGAACCCACUGCUAGCAAAUGAAGAACCCUGGGAAGACAAUGAGGAUGACAACCAAGUCUUCAGUCUUUCUGAACUGACUUUUAUUUGCGGCAGUCACAAGCUGUAA